AUGGGUAAAGUCGCAAAGUCUACGAAAAAGUUUCAAUCGAAACACUUGAAGCGUACACUUGACCAUCGUAAAGAGCAGAAGAGCCAUGUUAAGAGAACUCAGGGUCGCCGUGGGAAUAAAUCUGAACUGGAGAAGAGGAAUGCUGCGCUUACAAAAGAGGAUCAGAAAUUGAAGAAAUCUGCAAAGGAAGAGGUGUUCAAGGAUAUGUCUAUGGAAAAGUUCUUUGAAAACGGCUUCGAAGUGCCCAAGAACAAGAAGAAAUCUAGUAAGAAUAAGAAGGAACAUACCGAGGAUCAGGAUUCUUCUUCUGAAGAGGAAGAUAUGGCUCAAAAUAUGGCCGAGUUGUCUGAGAAGGAUCCCGAAUUUUACAAGUACUUGCAAAACAAUGACAAGGAACUGUUAGAGUUCGGCGGUAGUAAUCCAUUGGAUGGGAUUGAAGACGAUGAAGAAGAAGAAGAAGAACAAGAGGAGGAAGAAGAAGCGGCAAAAAUUGUGGAAGAAGAACCUCCUACUUUUGAAAAGGUCGAGUUGACCAUGAGUCUUGUGAAAAAAUGGAAGAAACAACUUCGUGAGUCUCCAAACCUGAAGCUAAUUAGGAAUGUUGUAACUGCAUUCAAAGUGGCCGUUAACUUGAAUAACGAGGAAAAUGUGGAAGACUACAAGUAUACUGCUACGGACGAAAAAGCUAUUCACGAGCUACUGUUUGUUACCUUAAAAGAUUUACCUGCAGUUGUGCAGAAGGUUAUUCCAUAUAAGGUAGUGAAGGGCUCAAGGACUUUGCCAAGUGGUUCGAACGUGUCAAAAAUGUCUUCGAUUAUGAAGUCUCAUGCAAGUGCUCUGCUUAUUGUCUUGAAUGAUGUAACGAACACAGAAACAGCUGCACUUGUCCUACACUCUGUGGAUCAGCUUCUACCAUACUUUUUAUCUCAUAGAAAGAUCUUGAGAGAGAUCGUUAAGAGCAUCGUGGAAAUAUGGUCCACAACAAGAGAAUUGGAGUCACAGAUUGCUGCAUUUGCCUUCUUGCACAACGCAUCAAAGGAGUUCAAGAAAUCUAUGUUGGAGUCGGUACUAAAGACCACUUACUCAACUUUCAUAAAAAGCUGUCGUCAAACUAACAUGCGUACAAUGCCAUUGAUAAAUUUUCAAAAGAACUCAGCUGCCGAGCUAUUCAGCAUUGAUGAAACUCUAGGCUACCAAAUUGGGUUUGAAUACAUUAGACAGCUUGCCAUUCACUUGAGAAAUACGAUGAAUGCUACUACGAAGAAGACCGCAAGGACCAACCCGGCAGAUGCUUACAAGAUUGUCUACAACUGGCAAUUUUGCCAUUCGCUGGAUUUCUGGUCUCGUGUACUUUCCUUCUCUUGUAAUCCAGUUAAAGAAAACGGUAACCAAUCUCAAUUGAGACAACUAAUCUACCCAUUGGUUCAAGUGACCCUAGGUGUCAUCAGACUGAUCCCAACAGCACAAUUUUUCCCUCUCAGAUUUUAUUUGAUCAGAUCGCUCAUCAGGUUGUCUCAGAAUACAGGUGUUUUUAUUCCUAUAUUCCCACUGCUUUCUGAGAUCUUGAUUUCCUCUGCGUUCACUAAAGUUCCAAAGAAGAAGGAAAACCUCGAGGCAUUCGACUUCGAUCAUAACAUUAAAUGUACCAAGGCUUAUCUCGGUACCAGAGUGUACCAUGAAGGUCUAUCGGAACAAUUCGUGGAUCUCGUAGGCGAAUACUUUGUGCUAUAUUGUAAGAACGUCGCAUUCCCAGAGUUGGUCACUCCAGCUAUAAUUUCUCUCCGUCGUUUUGUCAAGAACUCCAAGAACAUCAAAUAUAACAAGCAGCUAUCGAACAUGAUUGAAAAGCUGGAUCAAAAUAGCUCCUUCAUCCAAAAGGCUAGAUCCGAUGUUGAUUUCAGCCCCAGUAAUAGAACAGAAGUUAACAGAUUCUUGAACGAUACUCCAUGGGAAAAGACCCCAUUAGGAUGCUAUGUUACCGUCCAGCGUGAAGUGAAAAAAGAUAGGGCCAGAAUUCUAAGAGAAAGUAUGGAAGAGGAAGAUAGAGAGAAAGAGGCUUCCUUGAAAAAACAAGACGAGCUCGAUGAAAUCAAAGACGAUGAAGAAGACGAUGAAGAAGACGUUGAAAUGUCGGAUUGA